CGACAAUUUUACUUUUUAUUUUGCAGACCAAAUUUCUUUCGUAUCUCAAUUUUUCUGCCGAACCCGAUCUCAGCGUUAUUGCUUCUUUAUUUAACCAAGAUUCCUCUGCUUACUUUAACAAACGUAUUUUAUCAUCAAUUGCUCGGCUAGCACUUGAAUUACCCAAACAAAUAAAACAACCAAUUCGCGCUAUUAGAAGGGAGGGAAACGGCUCUCUAACUUUAAGCCAACUUCAGAUUGCUUCACUUUUAGCGAAUGCUUUUUAUUCAACUUUUACUGCUCGAAAUUUUGGAGAAUUUAAUAGAAUUAAUUUUAUCAGGUUUUUUUAAGCUUUUUACUCGCAAAACUCCCAAGGCACCAGAAAAAUUAAAAUGUAUUUUGCACUAUUUUUCUCAAUUUUUUAAAAAUCCUCCAAAUGGGACAGUUUCAAUUAUUCGUCAAAAACUUAAUUGUGAAUUGGAACCAAAAUGGGAUGAAAUUGAAUUUCCUUUAGUUAAUUUAAAUGCUUUACCCAAUGGAAGAAUAGAAAAUGAGGGAGAAAAGAUGACUCAAGUAGAUUUUGCAAAUGAAUAUAUUGGUGGGGGUGUACUUGGAUAUGGACUUGUACAGGAAGAAAUUCGUUUCCUAAUAUGCCCAGAAUUAAUCAUUUCUUGCCUUGUAUGUGAAAAGAUGGAAAAGAAUGAAGCAAUAUUAAUUAUUGGAGCAGAAAGAUACUCAGAUUAUCAAGGUUAUGGAAGUACUUUUUGUUGGAAAUAUCGUCAAAGAGAUGUUUCUUCGCAAAGAGAUGCCAUGGGAAGAGUAAUGUCAGAAUUAUUAGCAAUUGAUGCACUCAACUUUACCCAUCCUUUAGAUCAGUUUUUUGAAGGAUAUAUUCGUCGUGAACUUCGCAAAGCAUUUAUAGGAUUUGCGAUACGUACAGCUUGGAGUUUUGAUCAAAUAGCUACAGGCAAUUGGGGAUGUGGAGUUUUUGGAGGAGAUUUGCACUUAAAAAGCCUUAUUCAACUAAUGGCGGCUUCCCUUGCAUGCCGUCCCCUCGUCUUUUUCACAUUUGGAAAAAAAUUGUUUGCACAAGAAUUGGAAGAAACUGUAAAAUUGUUGCAAGCAGAAGGGUUUACUAUUGGCAAGCUUUACCGGUUAAUCAUUAAAUAUUGUAAAUUUGGAAUUGCUCGGCCAAAAAGUCUUUUUGGAUGGAUAAAGGAGAAUUAUAAAGAUUUUGUAUAA